AUGCGUAGUAAGCAUCCUGCAAGCGCGCCGUCUCCUCUCCCUAACGUCCAUGUUACCAACUAUGGGCGCAUCAACUCGCCCGGUGACGACAUCCGGGUAGACAUGGCGAAAGAGAAGCGCCAACCGGCGGGGUGCUCCAACGCCGGCUCUGGCGCAAGUUGUGACGAGGAAGAGGGCAACGAAGACACCGGCGACGAAGAUCAUGGCGACGAGGACGAAGAGGACUGGCCGGAAAACGGCCACGACGACAGCGCAUCUGGUGACGAGGUGCCUGCCGGAGGCAUCGACGAUGACAACUGGUGGAUGCAGCCGAUAGGCUCCGGCGACGAUGUGGAGGAGUGGCACGCCGGCGACGAUGACGAUGACGGAGGCGCGGAUGCGGUUGCUGAUGCGGCGGCGGAUGCGACGGUAGAAGCUCAGGCGGCGGGCGCAAAUACGGCUGCUGUUGUGGUGGCGGAGGCGGGUGAUGGCCGUGAUGCUGUCUUCUUCGAAGGUGAGGACGACGCGGACGACCCAUGGCGCGUCUCGUCAGAUGAUGACGUGCCUCUGUUGAAGAGGCGGCUGCGUCACAGCCUAGGCGUGUCCCGGAAAAAAACCCGGGUGCUGCUCUCGGACGACGACAGCCCGGAUGAGGAGCGGCGACCCCGCGUCCCUGCUGCUGACAAGGGGAAGGCUAAGGUGGUUGAGGUUCCUGCUAAGGUCGCCCCUCGCGUCGGACAGAGCAAGAAGAAGUGGAAGGACGAUGGCGACCCGGGUUCAAGCAAAGGCGCGAAGAGGCAGAAGAAGAAGGUUGUCAAGAACAAGGACGACAUCUUGGCAAACGAGGCGCAGGGCAGUGACGACGACUACGCGGAGGCUGCAGGCCCCAUGCCUUCAUUCCCUGAGAAGGCGAAGCCAAAAGACCCCACCAUCUGGAACCUGAGGAGACCCCCGCAUCCCGUGGUGCUGCAGUGGAUAGCGGAGGCGUGGGAUCAAGUCCCUAGGCAGGUGAUCAUUGACGCGUUCCGUCACUGCGGCAUCUCAAGCAAGUUGGAUGGGACCGAGAACCAUCUGGUGAUGUCCCACCUGCGCGCCAGGAGCACCACCGAUGUCACCGAAGACAUGUGCCUCGGGGGCACCACGGGCGACAACACGCGCCUGCUUGGGAAGGCUCCCGAGGAGGAGGAGGAGGAGGAGAUGCAGGCGGAGGGCGUGAAAGAGGUGGCCGUGGCCACCGGCCUGGAGGUGCUGUACCAGGAGACCCCUCACUACCGGGGAGCGGCGGCCGAGGCUGACCGCAUGAUCGAGCCCGUGCAGACAGCCAGGCACGCCUGGCGAGUGCCAGACUUGGGGAUGCAGGAGCCACCAUCUACUAGUGCAGAUGAGGAGGGCGUAACAGAGGGGGGCUAG